AUGAGGAUUGCUCUUGUUGGUGCUGAGGACGAAGUCGUGGUUCUUACUAGUACGGUGAAACCGAACUUCGGGCACCUCAAGGCUGAGAUCAACCUUACCGAUUACUCCGUCGACGAUAAGAUCAACAUCGAGGAUUUCCCUGAUCAGCCAACGUUCAGUGCCGCCGCCUGGAAAACUAACCCGGUCACCUUUUCGGGGGUCCUCGACGCGAUUCAUGAAGGACUGAAGGCGGGUGAUGCCCAUGUAGCCAUCUACCAGAUGAGGGUUCUGGGAUCUACGAAUGCGAAUAAUAACCCAAAGGGAAAAGCGUUGGAAAGGGACACCGGGAUCCUCCAAGGGUUGCGCGCCACCAGUGUCAAAGAGUUCCUGGACCAAGCCGAAGCUGGCGAAAACAAAUGA